ACCACAAUUCUCUACCAACUCUCCUCAAAAGCUCUCUCUUUCAUCAAUCUCUCACCAAUAAACACUCAGAAUCCCAAAAAAAAAGAAAAAGAAAAGAGAAGAGACUGCACGUGAAUAUAUAGAGAGAGUUAGACAGAAAAAUGGAUCAAAAAUUGCCAGUUAUAGCAAAAAAGUUCUGGAAGACGGUCCGCGUAGCUUAUUUCAUGCUGAGAAAAGGGUUAUCAAAGAGAAAAUUAAUGUUUGAUCUCAACUUAUUUAUGAAACGUGGCAAAAUUGCUAGCAAAGCCGCCUUUCAAAAUCUCAUGUUCCAGGGCCAUUAUACCCAAGGCCACCAAUCAUCUUCCAAAGAGUACUACGAAUUCAGCUGUAGUAACAGCCCAGCUUUCCACCUCCCCUUCAACCUCAACAAACGCAAUAAGCAUACUCACGAUGCUCCUGCCAUUGAACACGACGACGUUUUAAUGAUGAAUUCUGCCGUGUUGAAGGCACUGGAAAUGCUUCAGAGUGAAACGGCGUCACCUGCAUUGCCUGGAUUUGGGAGAACUCCAACAGUGAGGCAAUUAAGGGUCACUGACUCUCCUUUUCCUCUAAGAGAUGCUGAAGGUGGCAUUAGCCAUGUAGAUGAGAAAGCUGACGAAUUCAUUUCAAGGUUCUACACAGAUUUGAGAAGAGAGGCUUCUGCCUUUGCUUAAUGUUUUUGAGAGUAUUUUUUAUUUACUUUUCUUAUUGUUGCGGGAAAUCUUUAGAAGAAGAUCGAAAAAAACCUGAUGGUAGAACAUAAAUGUAAUGAUAUCCCUCCUUCUAAACUGUUUCAUAUGCUAUAAUAAUAUAUUCAA